ACAGCUGGCGGAUUGUGCAGAUGUGCAUGAGUCCAUCCUCCAGACCCACAUCACAUCACGUCACGUCACAUCACAUCACGUGCAUGGAGAAGGAAACAGCAGCAGCAUGGGAUUACAGAUGUGUCUCUCAGACCCGCGUCUCUGAGGGAGGUGUAAGUGUUUAGAUUCUGUGUGUAUAUAAUAAGAGCAUUGUGUUUCUCAUGGAUUUGAUCAGUCAGCUGUUAUGUAAUGCACAGUGGCUCCUUUCUGUGAUGUGCACAAACAGCACACAUCAGUCCUGUUCUGAACCUUUCAUUACUACAGUGUGUCUGGGAAAAAAAGGCUCAGACUGCAACAUCUGGAACAUCAGAUUAGAGAUGACUUGACAGACACCUUUCUUAUUUACUCACAUGCAUAAAAAUGUAUCUGAUACCAGGUGAUGCUCUGUGAUUUAAUCCUAGUGAACAGAUGACAGGAAAUGACAGUGAUCUGGAUGUAUUUCAGGAUUAAUGAUCAAAGCAGAGCAGACUGAGAUCAAGACGAGGAACUACAACAUCUUCCUACUGUACCAAUACACACCACCUGAUAAAACAUGUUUAUAACGUUUAAACAGUGUGUUUAAUAGAGACCAUGCAGAGCAGCAUCAGCACAACAUUAUGUGAAUUGCACACACAUAUAUAAGUGAGCAUGCAGAGAAACUGUUGCAUGUGUGACGCAGCACUUCACUUCAGCGAGCGCUGUGUGUGUUCAGGUCGGCCGUCCUCGUGCUCUCGAAUAACAGCAAGAAGAAGCCUGUGUUUGUCACAUUUACAUCACAGCACAGUGAAAUUCUUUUCUUCACGUAUCACAGUAGGAAGCUGGAGUCAGAGCACAGGUUCAGCUGUGAUACAACGCCCCCUGGAGGACAGAGGGUUAAGGGUCUGGCUCAAGGGCCAAACAGUGGCAGCUUGGCAGUGCUGGAGAUUGAACCCACAACCUUCUGAUUAGUAACCCAGAGCCCUGAUCAUUGAGCCACCACUUCCCUAGGAAUGUUUAAACAACUGAAAGGGGGCAUGCUAUACACUUUUCAAUUAUUUUACACUAGCAGGUUACCCGGCGUUGCCCGGGUUGUGCAAAAUUCUGGGUUGCCCCCAGACUUCCAUGUCAAAUUUGGUGAAAAUCCGUCAAGGAAUGGUGAUGUUAACCCAAGACAAACAAAAAUCCAAACAUCCACCACCCAUGGCCCCACCGGGGACCCAAAUAUGGAAUUUCUGAGUUCUGCCAAAUUGUGGCUUUCUCCUGUACCUAGGUGCCAAGUUUAGUGAAGAUCUGUCAAGAGUUUGUGUUGAUAAAUAUAAUGUGAAAGGCAUUGAGGGAGGGGGUGGGUGGAUGUUGUGCCCCCCAGGGACCUCCCUGGGGCCCAUACAUGAAUUUUGUUUAUAUCUGCAAAAUUCGGGGUCAUCCCCAGACCUACUUGCCAAAUCUGGUGAAAAUCUAUCGAGAAAUGGCGACGUUAGCUCAAGACAAACAAACAAACUUUGCUGUUUAUUAUAUAGAUUAAUCCCUAAGAUGCUUUUGUAAAGGUUACAAGUUUUUUAUUGAAAAAAACCUCGUAACCUUUCACAGUGCUGUUUUUAUGAUGACAUUCAGUUGCUUGUGUACAUAUGAAACACAUAUAAACCAUAUACAUGUAAUAUUCCACAGCCUGUGUGUUCCAUCACAUCCCGAACAGAGGGGGAGUUAACCUGCCAAACUAAUCUGAACGAGUAACAGCUGAAGCUCAGUGGCCUCAAGCGGUGAAAAAGACUCCUGGGUAAUGUUAGUGUUUACAGGAGACGCUUCAGUGCAUGGAGAAAAACACAUUAAUCAAAAUCACACCACAGGGAGGUGAUUAUGACUCCAACACUGCGGGCAGUUCAGAUCACGUCGCUGAGUAAACUGCGUUUACUAAACUAUAUGGUUUACCUCAAUUUAGCAUCAUGGAAAGAAUGUUACCUGAGAGCUUUGACUGGUGAUUCAAGUGAACUAAGGUUCAAUCCAAAAGUAGAAAUCUAUUACAAUAUAAAAUACAGUGUUUAACAUUUGAUUUUUUUGGAAUUUUUGAAUGUUUUAUUUACGGUUUUUGGACCGGAGCUUGACUCCAUCAGAGCUGACACGGAUCUGUCUUUCAGGAUCGGAUCUGUAGUAAAGCCCAUCUGAUACGGCCCAAAGUCAGUAAAACCAUCUUCACUGAAAUGUGCCAAGAACAACAGGAAUGUGGGGUUGAAUUUUUCAGGAACUUCCCCAAAAAUAAAGUUUUUGUGUAUUAACUUUCUUUGGAAGACCAUCCACACUCAGGAUUUACACUUUCACUUGCUCUCUGGGUAAAUGGCUCCUCCCCACUACUAGAAGAAGAAGAAGCCUUUAUUUGCCACAUGCACACUCAAGCACAGUGAAAUUCAUUCUCUGCAUUUAACCCAUCUGAAGUAGUGAGCCAACCCCCCCCCAGAGCAGUGGGCAGCAAUACUACAGCGCCCAGGGAGCAGUUGGGGGUUCGGUACCUCGCUCAAGGGCACUUCAGCCUGAGGCCGCCUCAUAUUAUCCUAACCUGCAUGUCUUUGGACUGUGGGGGAAACCGGAGCACCCGGAGGAAACCCACGCGGACACGGGGAGAACAUGCAAACUCCACACAGAAAGGCCCUCGCCGGCCCCGGGGCUCGAACCCGGACCUUCUUGCUGUGAGGCGACAGUGAUAACCACUACACCACUGUGCCGCCCGGGUGGUCAUAUGUUCAUGAGGGGGUGGUUCCAUAAAAAAUGAGAGGAGAUUCUACCUAAGAAACAUGCACUUUUAUAUCUCACCUGUUCUCUCUACCUGUUUUCUUUCUGUUGCCGUUACAGACUGGGACGGGAACAGUCACCUUCGAUUAAUCUUAUUUCAGAAACAACAAGAAAAAACAGUUUUUCCCUUUAAACACAAGAAGCUCACCACCAACAACCAACAUAAACAGAGAGCGAUAAAAUGUUCCGUGACGUCCCUGAGCGAUUAAUAGUUUCUCAUUUCAGUGUCAGUGUUGGGAUUGAUUGAUUGAUUGAUUGAUUGAUUGAUUGAUUGAUUGUAGUGUUUAUUUCGAAUAUGAAAACCAAAAUAAUAAAAAGAAAACAAAACAUUUAAACACAAUACAUAGAAAUACAUAUUCGAAAAGGAGUGAGAAGAAGUAAAACUUAUAAACUCCCACCCCUUCUCCUUAAAUCAUGAAUAACAAUAACAAGCUUCCUUGUUCCCUGUCUAGACGCUCAUGCCUGAUACUUAUUAUUAAAAGUACAAACAACACGUCCUCUUAUUUAAUCUGGAGAACGGGGUACUGAUGGAUCACUGCGAAAGACAAAUUUCAGUCAUUUUCAUUUUUCUUUUCUUUUGAACCAAGAACCGUAACAAAGCAGUGUUUAACGCUGGAUUGAGUCAAGUCUUGUUUUUUAAAACCUCUUUUGCUCCUCAGUAUUCUCUCAGACAGCAUGGCCGUGGAAAAGCGCUUGGCGUAUUCCAUCGUGCAGUUCCUCCGAGACCAGACGCAGUCAGGAUCACUGAACUCUGAUGAGCAGGAAAGCCUCGAAGUCGCGAUACAGUGUUUAGAGACGACGUUUAAGAUCAGCGCCAGUGACGGUCAGCUUGCAGCUCCUCAACCUCUGAGAGAGAUCUUCCUCAACGCACUGCUCAAGAACGACAUUGCGGCGUCACAGGAGACGGCUCCGUCUGCAGAGGACAUUGCAAGAGCCGAGCAGCUGAAAAACGAAGGAAACAACCACAUGAAGGAGGAGAACUACAGCUGUGCGCUGGACUGCUACACAAAAGCUGUCCUUCUGGACCAGAGGAACGCAGUUUAUUUCUGUAACAGGGCUGCAGCUCACAGCAAGCUGGGAAAUUACACGGAGGCGAUUGGAGACUGUGAGUGCGCCGUCGCUAUCGACCCCACCUACAGUAAAGCGUACGGACGAAUGGGGUUGGCGCUGGCUGCCAUGAGCAAGUUUCCAGAGGCCAUCACUUACUUUAAGAAGGCGCUGGUACUGGAUCCGGAAAACGAGACGUACAAAUCCAACUUAAAGACAGCCGAGCAAAAGAAGAGAGAAUCCUCGGGUUCUACGGCGUCCAGACUGAGCUUCGACAUGGCCAGCCUCAUUAACAACCCGGCGUUCAUUAGCAUGGCCGCCAGCGUGAUGCAGAACCAGCAGGUUCAGCAGCUGAUGUCGGGGAUGAUGUCCAGCGCAGUGAGAGGUCCAGCAGCAGGAGUCGGGGGGAUGUCUGAUCUCUCCAGCCUGAUCGAAGCUGGUCAGCAGUUUGCUCAGCAGAUUCAGCAGCAGAACCCGGAGUUGAUAGAACAGUUGCGGAACCACAUCCGCCGUCAGUCGUUCAGCGGCAGUCCUGAGGAACGCUCCUGAUCCACACGCUCUAAUCUGAGCACUGGAGCGGGCGAGCGAGAGGAGAGAAAGAGAAGGUGUGGCACUUUACCUGGGACCGAGAACAUGGGUGUAAUAACUUUCACACUACACGACCUCCCUCCCCGAUUCUCCCUUAGCGUGAGCUCCUCAUGUUGUCGGGUCCUAAAGGUUCCCAGUAGUGUCUUUAUUCAUCAUCACCGUUUCAUCUGCGCUUCUGUUACGUCGCUGUUUCACUGUCUGAUCUCAAACGGGAAGUAAGAUCUCCACCAAUCACAGACAGCCUGCUCAUCUCAACCAACGACAUCGUGAUGAAAUUAAACCUGCAGCGCAACAAGCAGAUGAUUGGACGUUGACACACAUGUGACUUAUAAUACACUUAUUUUUAUUUGCUGAGGUUUUAGUUGUUUCUGUAUUUAUUUUUAAACAGUGAAUUAAAGGUGCAGUGUGUAAAGUUUAAA